CCCUAUUAUUUUCCGUUGGAGUUUCUGAAGAUCCAAACAGACUUUUCCGCUUUCUACAUUGAGGCCUGAAUGGCAGACCCGCAGAGAAGCCGAAAGAGACGCCGUAGCUCCAGUGCCGCCGAUAGCCCUAUUGUUUUCCUUUGGAGUUUCUAAAGAUCCAAAGAGACUUUUCCGCCUGAGUGGCAGACCCGCAGAGAAGCCGAAAGAGGACUGCGCAGCUCCAGUGCCGCCGAUAGCCCUCGCUGCCGCGGCUCCGCGGUUUGCUGUCGUGACAGUAUCCCCUCCCGAAAGAGACUUUUCCGCCUUCUACAUUGAGGCCUGAGUGGCAGACCCGCAGAGAAGCCGAAAGAGGACUGCGCAGCUCCAGUGCCGCCGAUAGCCCUCGCUGCCGCGGCUCCGCGGUUUGCUGUCGUGACAGUAUCCCCUCCCGAGAACUGAAAGAUGGCGGAUGACAGAAAAAGUAUGCUUGGAAAUCGCAUUAUACCUGAAGCAAAUGAUAAAGAUACAAGCAAUAACGUUAUGGCUGAUAAAUACAAUGUGGAAGCGGCAGAAAUUCUAGCCGCUGAAGCGCAGCAUUUGCCCAUAUCUGAAUCGGCUUCAAUAUACGAGCAACUUUUGAUUGCAUUUCCCACAGCUGCAAAAUAUUGGAAGCAGUAUGUGGAGGCUCUAAUGGCUUCAAAUAACGAUGAUGCUACAAAACAAAUAUUUAGCCGGUGUCUAUUAAGUUGUCUUCAAAUUCCUCUUUGGCGUUGCUACAUUCGCUUCAUUAGGAAGGUAAAUGAGAAGAAGGGUGUGGAAGGUCUGGAAGAGACUAGAAAAGCUUUUGAUUUUAUGCUCAACUAUGUUGGAUCAGACAUAGCUUCUGGGCCUGUUUGGAUGGACUACAUUAAUUUCUUGAAGUCAUUGCCGGCUUUGACCACCCAGGAAGAGUCACAACGGAUGACCGCUGUGCGGAAAGCAUACCAAAAAGCUGUUGUCACUCCUACCCAUCAUGUUGAGCAACUUUGGAAGGACUAUGAAAAUUUUGAAAAUUCUGUUAGCCGUGCCCUGGCAAAGGGACUGUUAUCUGAAUAUCAAUCAAAAAACAAUAGUGCAAAGGCUGUCUAUAGGGAGCGCAAGAAGUAUGUUGAUGAAAUUGAUUGGAAUAUGCUCGCCAUACCACCAACUGGCUCUUACAAGGAAGAAUUGCAAUGGAUGGCAUGGAAGAGGUUUUUAGCUUUUGAAAAAGAAAAUCCUCAAAGGAUAGAGAGUGUGUCUUCCAACAAAAGAAUUGCGUUUACAUAUGAGCAGUGUCUGAUGUAUUUAUAUCAUUAUCCUGAUAUAUGGUAUGACUAUGCCACAUGGCAUGCAAAAAGUGGUUCAAUAGAUGCUGCUAUCAAAGUAUUUCAGCGAGCCGUGAAGGCGCUUCCUGAUUCGGAAAUGCUAAGGUAUGCUUAUGCAGAACUGGAGGAAUCCCGUGGAGCAAUUCAGCCUGCUAAGAAAAUAUAUGAGAAUCUUUUAGGUGAUGGUAUGAAUGCAACAGCCCUGGCACAUAUACAAUUUAUUCGAUUUCUAAGAAGAAAUGAGGGAGUUGAAGCCGCUCGCAAGUACUUUCUUGAUGCUCGCAAAUCUCCAAUCUGCACAUACCAUAUUUAUGUUGCAUAUGCUCUGAUGGCAUUUUGUCUUGACAAGGAUCCAAAGGUUGCACACAAUGUUUUUGAAGCAGGGUUAAAACGAUUUAUGCAUGAGCCUGGAUACAUUCUUGAAUAUGCAGGUUUCUUGUCUCGUUUAAAUGAUGAUAGAAAUAUUCGGGCUUUGUUUGAACGGGCAUUGAGUUCACUUCCUCCAGAGGAAGCUGUUGAGGUUUGGAAACAGUUUGCCCAAUUUGAGCAAACAUAUGGAGAUCUUGCAACCAUGUUGAAGGUUGAGCAACGGAGAAAAGAAGCUCUUUCUAGAGCAGGUGAAGAGGGAACAUCAACUUUGGAUAGUUCAUUGCAAGAUGUUGUGUCACGGUAUAGUUUCAUGGAUCUUUGGCCAUGCUCUUCUAAGGAUUUGGAUCAUUUGGCCCAACAAGAGUGGCUUGCUAAAAACAUGAAUAAGAAAGCAGAUAAGUCAGCUCUGCAUAAUGGAGCUGCUUUUACAGAUAAAGGUUCUUCAGGAACGACCCCCAAUUCAAAUCCAUCCGCUAAAGUUGUUUAUCCAGAUACCUCAAGGAUGCUGAUUUAUGACCCAAGGCAAAAGCCUGGUACUGGCUUUCUUCCAAGCACAGCAGAACCAGGGUUUCCUUCUGUUUCUGGCACCUUGUCAAACCCCCCUGCUGCAGUACUUGGUGGUGGAACAAUAAAUUCUGUUGAUGAAAUUUGGAAAGCAACGCCUCCUGCACUGGUAGCAUUUAUAGCAAAUUUGCCUGAUAUUGAGGGUCCAUCACCAGAUGUGGAUUUUGUAUUAUCAAUCUGUUUACAGAGCAGCAUACCAUCAGGGCAAACUGGAAAGCCAGGGACUCCGGCACAGUUGCCAAGGGGCCCUGCCCCUAGUACAAGUGACCUUUCUGGUUCAAGCAAGCUUCAUCCCAUCCCAAGUGGCUCAUCCAGACCAAAAAGAAAUGGGCAGUCUCUAAAGAGAAAAGAUGCAGAUGGGCAAGACGAUGACGAAACUGCUAGCGUUCAAAGUUUGCCACUACCAAGAGACCUUUUUAGGAUACGGCAGAUUCAGAAAGCUCGAGGAGGUCCUUCGCAAGCUGGAUCAGCAUCAUAUGGAAGUGUGCUAUCUGGAGAGUUGUCUGGUAGCACUGGCUGAACUUACUUAAUUACUUGUUCUUAUUCUAAUUUCAAAAUGUUAUCAAUAGAUUGUGUAAAUUUUGUGGAUUUUUUUUAAAUAUUUUUUUCUGGAUUUAACAUAAAUACAUUUGUAAGUAUUUUUUAUUUUAUUUUUAUUCACAAUCCAAAAGUUAGUGUGAGCA